AUGCAUCUACAUAAGCACUUGAUGGUACUACUAGUAAUCUUGGGGUCAACUAUCUCUUGUUCUUCUUACAUCAACCAUCAUCAUCCAGCCUUUAAUCAAGUACUUCCUGCACCACCAAGAACCCUCUUAGCACAAGACCAGCCUCAACCACAGCAAUUCAAUGUGGAUGACUAUGGAGCCACGGCUAACGGCACCGACGAUUCUCAGGCAUUUAUGGAAGCAUGGAGGAAUGCUUGUAAUUCUUCCAAUGGGACUGAGUUUGUGGUUCCUGAGAACAAAGUGUAUCAUCUUAAACCAAUCACAUUUUCUGGUCCCUGUAACCCUAAUUUAAGAGUCAAGGUUUAUGGGACAAUCAAAGCUUCUUCUCAUCGAUCCGACUACGAUGAAGAUAGAAGACAUUGGAUUACAUUUGAAGAUCUUGAUAACUUUUUUGUUGAAGGGGGAGGAACCAUUAACGGAAAUGGAAGAAUUUGGUGGAUAAAAUCUUGCAAAGUUGACGACACUCAACCUUGCAUAGGUGCACCAACGGCAUUAACUUUCAGGAAUUGCAAGAAUUUGAGACUAAAUAAUAUAAGGAUUAAAAAUCCUCAACAAAUCCAUUUAACCAUCCAAAAUUCAACGAACGUGAUAGCUUCAAAUUUGAGGGUGAUUGCGCCGGCUAACAGUCCCAAUACUGAUGGCUUUCAUAUAUCUGGUUCCAAAAACGUUCAGAUCAUGGAUUCUAUCGCGAGAACGGGUGACGAUUGUGUUUCAAUCGUAAACGGAUCAAGUAAUGUCGUAAUCAGAAAAAUAGUAUGUGGUCCGGGUCAUGGAAUCAGUAUUGGAAGCUUGGGAAAAAACAAUUCAGAGGAUUUCGUGUCAAAUGUGUUGGUAGAUAAAGUCGUACUUACAAAUACCACAAAUGGAGUCAGAAUUAAAAGUUGGCAGGGAGGAUCAGGAUAUGCUAAAAACAUCAAAUUUCAAAACAUCAUAAUGCGUAAUGUCACUAAUCCAAUCAUAGUGGACCAGAACUACUGUGAUCGCAAAGAAGCAUGUCCAGAACAGGACUCAGCGGUACAAAUGCAAAAUGUGGUCUAUAGGAACAUAAGAGGAACAAGUAAUUCAGAGGUAGCCAUAAAUUUUGACUGCAGCAAGACGUUCCCUUGUCGAACGAUUUUGUUAGACAAUAUAGUUCUCAAUCGUGAAGGGGAUGAAGGAGACACGAAAGCAUCAUGUUCAAAUGUCAUGUUAGCGACCCGAGGGGAAGUUGCACCAAAUUGUGAAUGACUCAAAGCAAA